AUGGGUGAGUUUGACACUACGAUAGGAAUCCUCCUGCUGGGGCUUUUCUUCAACACCUACCUGUACGGCCUGGUGUCCUGGCAGUUCCUAAUAUACCAUACGACGCCGUUCAAUGACCCUUGGCGGGUCCGGCUGGUCGUCGGCGCUCUUUUUAUCCUGGACACAAUUCACUCUGCCGUAGCCGUAUAUAACGGCUGGUACAUAUGUGUCACCAACUUUAACAACCCAUCUGUCAUCCUCACUGUGAGCUGGGAGAUCCCGUUCACGGCCGUGGCCACGUCGUGCGCGGCGAUCAUCACGCAAUUCUUCCUGGCGCACCGCGUCCUCCGCCUCACCAAAAGCUGGAUCAUCACCGGUAUCAUAUGCACACUCAGCAUCAUUGGAUUUGUCUUUGGCGUCAUCGCCGGCGUCCGAUCGGGAAUAAUCCAACAAGUGGUGAACUUCGGGGUUCUCGCGCCCCUUGUCAUCCUCUGGCUCGGGUUCCAGACUGCGGCCGACCUCUCGAUUACACUUGUGUUAUCCGUCGCUUUAUACCGCCAGCGCACGGGCAUCCGUCGGACAAACACGAUCCUUAACCGCCUCAUCCGUGGUGCUGUGCAGACGGGCUUCUUCACUUCCAUCUUCGCCUUAGGUGACCUCUUCGGAUUCCUCUUGCAUCGGAACACGAAUCUAUAUGCAAUGUUUGCAUAUCCGAUCGGGCGGAUAUACACGAACACAUUGUUGGAUACGCUGAACGCCCGCGUGGCUCUGAAGAGUCUUAACGGCACCCCCGUCGACUUUGACACCGAGAGUAACGCCCUUCGCUUCCGCGCCACGGGUACGACCGACACGAUCAAUAACAACAUCCGCCUACAGCAAGUGCACGUGCGACAAGACGUCGUCGCAAUGACUGACUCUGGCACGGACCGUACAGCAGAUGACAAGGUCAUCGCAGGGGACGAUCCCGAGGGACUGUAUACCCAUGGGGGUAAGGCGGUCUGA